GGCUGUCUGUGCGCUUCAGACGGUCGUGGGGGAGACUACCAUCAACACUCAGCGUCUCCUCGAGUGCUUAGAGGGGGGGAAAAAAGACAGAAGAGACACGGGGAUAACUGGGAGAAAAGAAAGCCAAACAGCCCCACCUCGGCAUCUGGAAAAGCACCGAAGAGGAAGGGGACGAUCCUCCCCCUCUACCCCACACCCCGUCGCCAACCCGCCCUACCUACCCUACCCACCACUUCGUGCCAUCCCUCUGGUCUGAACUGCCCUCCCCCCUCCCCCCUAGGAGAACCACGACCACCCAUAGGAAACCCCCACUUGACCAGCGUUGCCAUUAAGUGAUGCGCUCUGAAUUAGGAAGAAAUCACCUAUGCGCUUUUGAUGCACAGUACAACCAGUGGUCUUCAUUUUUCCACAGCGGGAACAGUUAAGGCUACGGAUUUGGGUGUUUACACUUUUUUUUGACGGGUUUCCAGUGGUAUGAUAACAUGCAUUAUAUAUCAUCCAACGGCAACAGACAAGGCUGUCACUUCUUCGAUUAGUCUUUAUUUAAACAACCAGCUGUCACAUACGCUGCAUUCAAGCUGAUGUUUGAUUUGUCCAUGCUUAGAAAUAAUACUGAUAAUGGUCUGGGAACGGACCGCCUCUCCAGACACCUAGUGAUAUUUUCUCAAGACGUGUCAGCUCUAUAUUUCGUUUUUAUCGAAGAAAAAGCGACAAAUUGACGAGGAGUCUCUUGACACCGACGGCGCUUGAGCCAAAGGACUUUGCGUGGUGAAGUUUGCACCGGGAAGAGGGUUGACCAAGUCGGAGAUAUCUCGGCCAUAUCCACGGCAUUUUCACUGUAAGGGUACAACACAGUGAUGCUGGGCCACAAGAGAAGUGGGACUCAAAAUGACAGCUAGAUGAAGCGCCCUGCCCACAACCCUCAGGCUGGGUCCAUAGGUGGGAGGUCGGCGGGUUGCGGACAUGCUGUCCCUGGACGAGCCCCUGGACCUGAAGCUCCCUCGAAGGGCUAAUGGGCGGGACAGAGGGGCGCGCUCACCCCCCCUAUCUCCACUGCACCCCAAGCGAGCUCGCCAGCUUCGCAUGGCAGACGAUGGCACCGCAGUCAUUGAGCCCGCCUCGCCAGCAUCUCCACACACAGGUAUGCAGGUGGUCCCUCAUGACCGAACAGAAACUCCCACCCCCCCUGCAGUGGACCUGAGCUUGUCUCCCUCCUCUCGCCACACCCCCAGCUCUCCGGAAAUGACCAAUGGCAACUAUGUCCACUCAGGAAAUUCUCACAUCUCACAGGCCUUUCAGUUCUUUGUGCCAAUCGGAGCUGGGGCAGGACUUCACCUGCCAUCCUCUAUGUUCCUUGCCCAAACGAGUGAGAAGAGGGCCUCUCCUGACCUCUCAGCAGAUGAACAACUGGCCUGCCACUGGAAGAAGUGCCAUCUGCUCUUUGACUCCCUCCAAGACUUGGUAGAUCAUGUCAAUGACUUCCAUGUCAAGCCUGAGAAGGAUUCUGGUUACUGCUGCCACUGGGAGGGCUGCGCUCGCAAAGGGAGGGGGUUCAAUGCUAGGUACAAGAUGCUCAUCCAUAUCCGCACUCACACUAAUGAGAAGCCCCACCGCUGUCCCACAUGCAACAAGAGCUUCUCACGGCUGGAGAACCUCAAAAUACACAACCGCUCACACACAGGUGAAAAGCCCUACAUUUGUCCAUAUGAGGGUUGCAACAAGCGUUACUCCAACUCAAGUGACCGUUUCAAGCAUACACGCACACACUAUGUCGACAAGCCCUACUACUGCAAGAUGGUGGGCUGCCUGAAGCGCUACACAGACCCCAGCUCUCUUCGCAAGCAUAUCAAGGCCCAUGGUCACUUUGUGGCUCAGGAGCAUGGCUCCCCAGGUGGGGUGGGCUCCAUGCUGAAGGGGAGUCAAAGCGGAGUGCUUGCUAGUGGAGGGGGGAAGGAUUCGGAGUUAUCCUAUGUGAGUGGAGCCCACAUUAUCAUCCCAGGGGCAGCGGCUGCUCUCCUGGGAAGCCAUGCUCUGCAGGGCCUGGGUGGCUCCCUGCCCUUGUCCCCGCUUAGUCCUCGACCCCUGGACCUCAGCACACUGGGUUGCCCCAACUCCCCUCCAGGCAGCUUGGGAGGCACAUCCAUCCUGUCCUUCAAUGGCUCCACGCUGGGCCUAACCAAGUCCCCUCUGCUCUCCCCAGCGUUCCCUUCCUCGGCCCUGGGUCUGCCAAUGGUGUCUGUGCUAGGGCCUGCGUCUGAGCGCAGGGCCCCCAGUCAGCAGGCCAGGAGGGGCCGGGGGGAGGAAGGUGAGAAUGAGGUGACUGGGGGGGUCCUGAACCUUUCCACAGGGGGGUCUCAUGAUCCCCUGUCCUGGGUGGUCAUCCCCCCAGGCACUGUGGUGCUCAAGCCAGCUGUGGUUAACUGAUACACACACACACACACACACACACACACACACACACACACAUUCCAGAAGAGCUCAGGGGGUCGGGACGGGAGGGUGAACGCCAUAGUGAGGGUACGGACAGUCAAAGGUGAUAGGGGAUUGGCUCGCACAAUCAAAUCCACGCAAUGCAUUUCAUAGAGAGGGUGGGAAAAAAGAAAACAAUAGAGAAACUCAGUAAAAAUAAACAAUAGAUAACACUACACCUCACAAGAAUUAAGAAUACAACGCAAGCCUCUUUUAUUGUUGGGAAACUAAGGGGCCCAAGAACUCUGUUCAGGAACAUUUAUGGCUCUGUAUUUCUAUCACAAGGCCCGACAGUGGGCUUCUUGUUGCUUAUUUUAUACUUUAUUCAUUCCUGUUUGCUGGUUCUGUGGACAAGAGUCCAUGAACGUGACAGUCUUAGUGCUCUGUGUUCUCACAAAAGUCCUGAUUCAACAAAGUAUUUAUAUAUGACUAUACUUAAUUGACAGUGUGCCUCCAGCUUAGCAGUGAGAUAGAUACACCAUGAAACUGAAUGACGCACUCUCAGUUAGGCAAACGUGCACGUGAUAGGAAGAUUCUCCACAAUUAAUUUCAAAGUUAUGACUUAUUUUUCACAAACUGUGAUUAAUAUGAUUCAGACAAGCUUGCCAUACCAAAGCAAGUGAAUUCAAACUGUCUUGGAUUGGGUGUUGUGCUGAAAAUGGCCACAGGAGCCAGCUUCAGCUCUGAGACAGCUAAAUUAAACACAGCACUUAAUAGUGUCAAAUGGUUAUAGUGUUGAAACCUCAAAACUGCUGCUAACCUCUCAGCUCCCCUGGUAUAACAUAAACUGGGAGAGAGCACUUUUGACAAUCUAUCCCCAAUUUGGGGAGAGUGACAAACACGGACCAGCCUAGUCCACUCGAAUGUGUGCCAGGCAUUCAGACUAGGGGCUUUUAAGGUGCAGAGCAAUCUGAUGACUUACUGCAGACAAAUGGUGUAACAUCACCUGACAAUGACCAAUCGUCACUUCCUCUUUUACAUAAGUGAAAUUUAAGGCACUUGUGUGUCUGGCUCCCCCCACUGGUUGGACAAGAUACACAACAUCCCGCUUGCCAUUUACAGAACUCGCACUGUUUUGCUCCUGGAUUGUCCAGCUGCUUUCCCGUAAUUGAAUCAACACGGCCAGUUUGUGUAUGAAAGGGCCACUGUGGUGAUAAACACUAGUGUCUUGUACUUUGAAAAGUGACCCGACCCAAAACCAGCUGUGAAAAACAGGUGGUCAUCCAUUCAAAGCCCAACAUAGCUCUGUUGGUUGAAGUUUUGUCCCAAGUUCAACAAGUCCCACGCUGUGCCAAAAAUACCUAGUGAGGAAAAAGAGGGAUGUACGUAUUAUGUCACAGAGGGGGGUGUGAUGCACUCAAUGCCACAUACAGCUGGACUGUCUAGGAAGCCACACUAUUGCAAACUGCCUCAUUUUAUUCUGUCCAAAGGGGCAAAAAACAAAAAAAAGGAAAGAAAAAAAAGACUCCUUUGACUUCUGGGAAAACUUUUUUCAUGGUUCGAUUACGCAGUCAACAUGCACUUACCACACACUAUAUUUCUUACAUGUUUUAUGAAAUGUUACUGCCAAUCCAUGGUUCUUUAAAUCGUAUCUCAUUUUGGCUCAGGCCUGCAAGAGUCAAUUUCGCUGUGGGGUCCUUCUGGGCUUAACUGCUAGUUUGCUAAUGCAUGUAUGAUGUUGAUUGCCGUGUCUAACGGGAGAGGUAGAGGAGCAGGAGAGGAUCAUCACAACACAAGGAACAUUCCCUCAAGAGACUGAUGCUCACACAACCCUCCUCUCUUUAUCUCCUCCACCUCUCCUCUUCCCAUGUGCUUUGCUGGUGGUCUUACUUUUCCAUCGCCCAGUCUUAGAAAUAAUCAGUUAUUGGUGUUUUAUAUUUGUGUCAUUGUUUUUUUCAUUUCAUUUCAUUUUUUUGCUGUUGUUCAGACGAGACAUUUUUCCUGAUGUUGAAGUUGCUUCUUGUGCUCAGCUUUCUGCUGUUGUGGAGGAGUCUUUUGAGGAGCUGAAGAGAGGGAGAGAUUUGGGUCAUCUUAAGGUCAAUAGUUCCUAACCUGGGGGUCGGGCCCACCAAAAAGUGCCCUUUGAUAAAUCAGAGGGGUAUCAAUGUAAUCAAGAUGAUGUCAUUGCUAUAAAAAGAGGGAAUAUUUAUUUUUCACAAAAUAAUGUUAAUGUUUCUUCAGUGAUAUUUGCUUUUAGUCACGUUAACUGGUUUGCUUGUGGAUGGCAAAGUCAGCCUGUGGGUCAAUCCACCACUUUUUUCCCAGACUGAAAUAUCUCAACAGUGUUUGCAUGGAUUGCCAUUCAAUUUUGAACAGACAUUCAUGGUGCCUAGAGGACAAAUCCUAAUGGCUUUGGUGAUCCCCUGACUUUUUCCUCUAGCGCCACCAUGAGGUUGAAAGUUUUUUUAUUGAAAUGUCUCGACAACUAUUGUAUGGAUUGUAAUGACAUUUGGUACAGAUAUUCAUGUCCUCCUCAGGAUGAAUUAGAACAACUUCAGUGAUCCUGUGACUUUUCACUUUGCACCAUUAUCAGGCUAAAAACAUUAACUUGUCCAAUACUUUAGUUUAUGACCGUAUUCCUGUAAAAUUCUUGACAUUCCCAUCAGCCUCAGCUGUAGUUUGGGUUUAGUGCUAAAAAGCAAAUAUUUGCAACACACUAAACUACAAUGCUAACCAUAAACACCUGAUAAACAUCAGCAUGUUAGCAUUUGCAGUACAAGCAGAGACACCAGUGUGGCUGUAGAUGGUCUUGUUUCUUGUGAAAUCACUCUGCUCAAAACAAUAUGUCCCAACUACGGCCAUAAACUGUAGAUAUUGCUUUAUUUUAUGGGGGUUGCAAGCCAAAAAGGUUUGGAACCACUGCUCUAUUGGGAAAAUUAUAUUUAAGAUGGGUAUUCAGUGGGCCACAUGACAUCACAGUCCACCAUGACAAUCACAUUGGUGCACCGAGGACCAUUUAGAGAGUGGGUGGACCAAAAACACAUUUUGUUUUAAGUGUCCUUAUAAAUAAUUAUAUUCUGUUUCUGCUCCCUUCGUUCUGAUUAUUAAUUCCAGUUCGAUAAAGGGAAGCCAUAGAGAAAUCACAUCCGACUGUGAAAUGUCGGGCAACGCUGGGAGGGUAUGAGAGCAUAGAGAGAAACGAUUGGCUGAAUGAAUAAAUGAAUGAACAGGGGACAAGGAGAGAUGAGGGGUUAGGCUGUGUGCCAGCAGAGGGAAAAGAGGCAGAGGAUAACUGCGCUGUGCAGCCGCCCUCCAUCUGGCCACCCACCCAGCAAACGGCCCUCUCUACUCUGAAGUCAGUGGCUGUGCUGAGUCCAAUGUGGCAGCUACUCACAGGCCUACCAGCCUGCAGAAAACUAGGCCACUGAACUCUGUCUGCCCUCUGGGUUUUUUUUUUUUUUUAUAGAUUAAACCCAAAAGGCUCAACUCCCCCACCUCCCGGCCACAAAGCUUUUUACCAGAGAUGGAGAAGACAGUUAAAUUAGCAAGCCGCAUUCACAGUAAACAAACACCAUUAUAACCCUGUCCCUGUCCCUGUCUUCUGGGCUGCCCAAAGGUCUGCAAGGAUUUACAACAGCCACAAACCGCAUACCUGUGUUUCUGCCUCAUUAAUUCUUUGUCAUUAUUAUCUUAGACACCCCCUCCCCCCUUUAUGACACACACACACACACCAGUGGCCAGUCUCUUGAUAUCAGACCAGUUAUUGAAGAGGAUCUCUCGCUGUGAGUGGACAAUCCUGGUGUGUGAUGUCAUCAGAAACAGGUGUUAAGUAGGCUAGACAUGGUUUCCUUGGCAACAGUGAAACCCACAGAUGCAACGACUCUCCUCCUCCCUGUCUGUCCAUCUCUGAUCUGCUGGUAGCAGACAGUGACAGAAGCUCAACACGGUGGCAGAAAGCUGAUAACAUGACACGGAUCCUCCCUGGGUCCAAAUAUUUUCAAUAUUAAAUAAGCUGUAUGAUCCAUUAACCCUUUGAGCUCAGUCUGUAAUAAACUGCACUUUUGUUCCCCUCAUUGUGUAUGUAGAUAGGGGGAUGCUGUUACAUCCUUUCUCAGUGUAGAGCUUUAUUCAUCAAUUGUUUUGGGAACCAAGAUCAAUUGUAAAAAUCGUCACUGUUGAUACAGUCAUCCUCAGUCUGAAUUUAAAGUCUUAUGUUUUUUCAGAUUACAUUUUGAAAGCGGUACUUGCUCCUGGAGAUUUUUAAAGUAACCCUCACUUAAUGCUAUGACAAGUGGAACUGAAAUCCAGGACAUAAAAAAAUGUGUUAGCUAGGUCAGUGUCAUUUUAAAGGGGUGCCAUUGACUGAAGUGCCACAGUGUUGCACAAAGGGUUAAUGAUAAGACUAAGGCCAUGCAAGGCCUGUUCCAAGUUAUGUUUUUUGCACAUUUGUGAGAUAUGUCAGUAUUUUAAUUUUCCAAGUGCCUUUUUAUUAUAGGUAAAAUAUAGAAGCUAUACACUAUAUGAAAAAAAAAAGAUUAUAUGAAAGUAUAUUUUUUCCUGGCAUCAUGUUCUGUGGUUGAACAUGCAGAAUUUUAGAGUUGUAAAAGUCUCCAAUUGGUACAACAUAGCAAUGUUCUCCUGUUUUAGAGGAAUUUUAUUACGAUAUUGAUAAUAAUGUCAAUGAAAAGAAAACUGUUUAAUAAAGUGGCAUUUGAUACAAUUUGUGUUUUCAUUUAUGU